GAGCCUUGUGAUUGGUGCGGGUGUUCGGUGAGGAGUGAGAGUGCAUGGUGUGCUGACAGUUCACCUGAUGUGAUCUCGGAGCGAGGGGCAGUGAAAGUGUUGCCGAUCCGAUACUCAUAUUUUAACAAAGCACACAAGGGUUUUUUGAAAAUGGCAUCUUCAAGUCGGACUCAGGUGUUAAAUCUGUACAAAAUAAUGUUAAGAGAAAGCCAGAAGUUCAGUUCCUACAACUACAGAACCCAUGCCACCAGAAGGAUAAGAGAUGCUUUCAGAGAAAAGAAGAAUAUUGAUGAUUCUCAUGAAGUACAAACCCUAGUUUGCCAGGCUAAAGAAAACUUGGAUAUCAUUCGACGACAGGUAAGACUUGGCAUUCUUCAUACUUGCCAAACUUUUAACAAGCAUGGUUACCAAGAGGUGUUGCCCACAUCAUUUAUCAUUUUUUUGUUUUGUUUUGUAAUAAUAAUGCUGUAG